CUUCACACUUUCCAUCAAUUUAUUAGUAAAUACUAUGCUAUCCAAUUAGAUAUUCCUUAUUUAUUAAUUCAAAUCAUACCCAUGUACAAUACCUAAGCUGUGUAAAUAUUGCAAUCCUGCCAUAAUUUGACAGAACACAUCUAUCAUUGUGUAUUAUUGUAAUUAACUAAAUUUAUCCAACUAAGAGAGCAGAUUUCCACCAUCACAAAAUUCUUAAAUCAAGUACAAACGAUUAUCAUUAUAAUAGUAGGAUAAUGUGCCAAUCAAGUUCAAAUGUUUCUUUUGAUAUAAAAAUAGGUAUUACAAUUUGCAUCAAUUAAUUUAUAAUCCUCUCUAGUUCUUGCCUCUCAGUAGUAGUCAGAGUUUAACAAUUAAAAACCUUUACUAUUCUAGAGGCAUUAUUACUCUUAGAC